AUGGUCUCUACUACUACUCUCACAUCGAAGGUGGCUUCAGGUUCACCAUACCAACUGGACCAACCCCAGGUAUGUGAUCACGACAACGAAGAAAAAUUAAAUACAACACUCACUAACAUACGGCAGGUCCUGAAAGCUUCCUCCGCACUGCUUAAGCACAUCAAGUCAAACCAGGACGCGAAGGAAAAUUUGGCGACAAAGAAGACUCUGAUUGGCGAUAAUGACUCCGAUGACGAAGAUUCUCCCGCUCACAACGAGGCUGUGUGGCUGGUCCUCACCACCAAGAAGCACGUCGUGGAUAAGAACCGCCUCAAGCCUGGCAAAAUUCCCAUCCCGCACUCCUUGAACUCCUCGCCCUCUCUCAGUAUCUGCGUGAUUACCGCCGACCCCCAACGUGGCGUUAAGGAUAUCAUCGCCGAUCCCAUAUUCCCCCAAGAACUCUCCUCGCGUAUCGAGAAGGUCAUCGGCUUUUCCAAGCUGGCCGCACGCUACAAGAGUUUCGAGAGCAGACGCCAAUUGCUCUCUGAGUAUGAUGUUUUCCUUGCUGAUGACCGUAUCGUGACCCGCCUGGUGAAGACUCUUGGAAAGACAUUCUACAAGUCCAGCAAGCGCCCAAUCCCCAUUCGCAUCUCCGAGAUCGAGAAGGUUGAUGGAAAGAGGGUCAAGAAAGACCCUAAGGCGAAGAAGCCUGCCAAGGAAGACCGUAGCGCUUCAUUUGCUAGCCCUUUAAUCGUUGCAAAGGAGAUCGAGCGGACGUUGAACUGCGCUCCCGUGCAGCUUGCACCCUCUACUACUGCCGCUAUCCGUGUCGGAUCCUCUAAGAUGACCGCCGAUCAGCUGUCUGAGAAUAUUGCCGCUGUCGUUGACGGUAUGGUGGAGAAAUUUGUCUCCAAGGGCUGGAGGAACAUCAAGGCGCUUCAUGUGAAGGGCGCAAACACCAUGGCUAUGCCCAUUUGGCUGGCCAGUGAGCUGUGGGUUGAAGAUGAAGAUGUUGUCGAGACACUCCCCGAGGUCGAAGCCAAGCCUAGCAAGAAGCGCAAAAACGCUGGAGAGGAGAAGUUGCUUGAGGAGAAGAAGACCAAGAAGACCAAGUCUGCUGAGGACGAGGAAGAGGCUUUGCUUGCCACGGCGCGGAAAGAGAAGCUUCAGAAGCUCAAGGCCAAGGCUCUUCAGGACGGUGAGCCAGUGGCUGUGUCUAAGACCACCAAGAAGAAGACAAAGUCUACCACCUCAUGA